AGCUAUACUAUAGUUGAGUAACACUUAUACUAUAUAUUCAAUUGCUUUCACUUUUGUCUGUCAUUUGUUGACUUUGAAAGCUAUUGACAAACAAAUCCUUACAUCAUAUCAAUUGUUGUCCACUUUUGUGACCAAAUUCAGUGAUAUUAACAGCAAAUUUGUCUUCAAUAUGGGUGUUAUCCGUAACUUCAGCUCAAAUUUAACCACAAAUUCAUAUGAUGUGGAUAUCAUUGAAGAGAUGAUUGAUAACGUAAUCGAUGACAAUGACAGUGAUGUCGAUCACAAUGAUCUUCGAGCUCAGCGACGGUCACAACGAAACCGUGAGAACCGAUUGCGAAGAAACCGUUUGCGUCCGGAACCGACGUUCAGAGCAUUAGGUGUCAGAGGAAAAAGCCAUCGAAAGAACCGAAGAUAUGCUGAUUUCAAUUUAUUGCACCAACAAAUGGCCGACUCGUUGACCGAAGGCGACGAACUCAACGACAUUUCCAUUUAUGAUUUUAUACCACAAACGGUCUCAGCUUUUGCUCAAAUACUUAUUAAUGGCGAGAAUAUGAAGAUAUUGAAUGACUUUAUUAAUUGUACUGAAGAACAACAAAAUGAAAUUCUAAACAAAAGACGUGAUAAGACAGAGGGAGACAAACCAAAUGACAGUCAAACUAAAGUUGAUAUCAAUGGCAAACUUGAUGGCAGAUAUUAUGAACCAGCCUUUACUGCUGACCAAUGUUUUCAACGAAUUGAUUCCGAUUUGAAAAAUAUGCUGAAAAAGAAGCGAAUACCUCUUGGAGUGUUGGCGUCAAUUGAGGAAGAGAUCACUGAGUUUUUUAAUCACAAACCCUUUGCAACUUAUAAGUCGUGCCUUUCAUCGGGUUUCCGGCGACUUUUGCUUCACGCCUGUUGUCAAUACUUGGAUCUCAAGUGUUUUAGUUUUGACGCCGACGGCGAGCGUUGGUCUCAAGUGGACAAUAAAAAUAAGUACUUUUAUCGGCCAGAAGUAAUGCUCACCGAAUUCAUUGAAACCAAGUUUGCAUAUUUUUAACGAUUUUAUAUAAAAACAUUUAUAUAAAUUUUGACAAAUGUAUAUUCACUGCCUGUAACUAAUUUUAAAUGUUUGUUUUAAUUUUUUGUUUUUUUGAGAUAAAACUAUUUUUUUAAUUUAAAGAUAUUUUAGACAUUAAUCGUGUUUUUUGGUAGUUUUAUUACCGGUAGAACUGUUUAAUUGGGGUAAAUGUGUCGAUAAACUUAAUGUUUAGAUUACACAGAUGUUGUAACAAUUAGUAUGACUUGAAUUGAUAUAAAAUAAACUACUAUAAAUUCAUGUAAUUAUUAUAUAUUCAUUGAAUUUUUUAAAAAUACAC